CCAGCAUAUCCUCGCCACGUGGAAUUUCCAACUGUACAGGCUGGACCACACUGCCCCUACAUUCAUGAUCUUUAAUUAUAUGACAACUUUUUCUUUAAACCAAAAUUAAUUACCAAAUUCUAUAUGUUAUUUCAUUUUCCGCCCUCUUUUUUCCUAUUUCUUGACAAAAACACCCAUCUUCUUCUACUUUUAUCAUCUUCUCCAACAGAUCCUUCCUCCAGACAAAAAUUUCAACCCCCAAAUAUAAUGUAUUCAAAUAAUUGAGAAUUUUUUCUUGGGUUUGCGCAUACAAACCUAAUUUAAAAUCAAUCAGAGGGCAAAAUUAUUAGCAUUGUUUGUUGUAAUUUUUAUUUUUUGAAGUGAAAAUGGGAAUAUGUACUUCAAAACCCAAAUCCUCCCCAAAACCCAAUUUUCAUUCAUCAGAUGAAAUCAAACCCGCCGGCGUUCGAAUUCAGGAUAAGGAGAACACAGUUUCGUCGGAGAAUGGUAAUAACAACGACGGCAACGCAACAAGUUCUGGCAAUUUUGAGGAGAAGAAAAGGAGCGAGGGGAAUCACGAAGGAGGUAAAAAAUCGCCGUUUUUCCCUUUCUACAGCCCUAGCCCGGCUCAUUACCUCUUCUCGAAGAAGUCUCCGGCGAGAUCUCCGGCUCCGGGGUCCGGUACGCCCAGGAGAUUCUUCAAGCGGCCGUUUCCUCCGCCGUCUCCGGCGAAGCACAUCAAGGCGGUGCUGGCGCGUCGCCAUGGCUCCGUGAAGCCGAACGAGGCGGCGAUACCGGAGGGGAAGGAGGUUUCCGAUGGGGCGGGGUUGGACAGAAGCUUUGGGUUUUCGAAGAAGUUUUACGACAAGUAUGAAUUGGGGGAGGAGGUUGGUAGAGGGCAUUUUGGAUAUACCUGCCGGGCCAAGUUCAAGAAAGGGGAGCUCAAAGGGCAGGAAGUUGCCGUUAAGGUUAUUCCAAAAGCAAAGAUGACGACUGCUAUUGCUAUUGAAGACGUGAGAAAAGAGGUGAAAAUAUUGAGAGCUUUGACUGGACAUAGCAAUCUAAUACAGUUUUACGAUGCGUAUGAGGACCAAGAAAAUGUCUACGUUGUGAUGGAGUUAUGUGAAGGAGGCGAGCUUUUAGAUAAAAUACUCUCGAGAGGUGGGAAAUAUGCAGAAGAUGAUGCGAAAAUUGUGAUGAUACAAAUACUGAAUGUUGUUUCAUUCUGCCAUCUCCAAGGAGUUGUGCACCGCGAUCUUAAACCCGAGAAUUUCUUGUUCACAACCAAGGAAGACACUUCACCAUUGAAGGCCAUUGAUUUCGGUUUAUCAGAUUUUGUGAAACCAGAUGAAAGGCUCAACGACAUUGUUGGAAGUGCAUAUUACGUAGCACCAGAAGUAUUACAUAGAGCAUAUAGUACAGAGGCAGAUGUUUGGAGUGUUGGUGUAAUAGCAUAUAUCCUUUUAUGUGGGAGCCGCCCUUUUUGGGCCCGAACGGAAUCUGGAAUAUUCCGUGCCGUUGUGAAAGCCGAACCGACGUAUGACGAACAACCCUGGCCCACCAUGUCUUCCGAGGCAAAAGACUUUGUCAAACGUCUUUUGAAUAAGGACCCUAGGAAAAGAAUGACUGCUGCUCAAGCCAUUUGUCAUCCAUGGAUCAGAAAUACUAGUGAAGUGAAAGUGCCGUUGGAUAUACUCAUAUUUAAACUUAUGAAGGCUUAUAUGAGGUCGUCUCCCCUCAGAAAAGCUGCUUUACGGGCAUUAUCGAAGACGCUGACAGUUGACGAACUUUUCUAUUUGAAGGAGCAAUUUGCUCAUUUGGAGCCAAACAAAAACGGCACUAUAAAUUUAGACAAUAUCAAAGCGGCCUUAAAGAAGAAUGCAACCGAUGCCAUGAACGAGUCACGCAUUUACGAUUUUCUUGCUUCACUUAACGCACUUCAGUACAGACGAAUGGAUUUUGAGGAAUUCUGUGGUGCCACAUUAAGCGUUUAUCAGUUAGAAGCCCUCGACAGAUGGGAGCAACAUGCUCGUUGUGCCUAUGAACUCUUCGAGAAAGAUGGAAACAGAACCAUCAUGAUUGAGGAAUUAGCUUCGGAACUUGGACUGGGGCCAUCUGUUCCUGUACAUGCUGUACUUCAUGAUUGGAUAAGACACACAGACGGAAAACUCAGUUUCCUCGGAUUUGUCAAAUUACUGCACGGUGUUUCGAGCAGGUCUCUUGCUAAAGUACAUUGACACUUGUGAGAAUUCGGUUUUCAGACACAAUUACCAUUGUACCCCGACAUGCCCGAUAAUCUUCUCCAUGCAAGAAUAGGAAAAAAGGCGGAUAAGAGAGGAGACGAAACGAGAUUAGUCGGGCUGAUUGAUUAGCCCUAUAAGUAGUUGCAGUACAAUUUGCAUCCAUAGUGAGAUGAAUAGGGAGGAGGGUUAUUAGAAGGCUUUUGCUUGAUAUUGAUGAAGCUGAAGAAGUCGUUCGAUUUUUUAUUAUUUUUAUUUUUAUUUUUAUUUAGCGUGGUGGUAACGAAAGGGCUGUAAUAAGAGGCUCUGUAGUUAAUUAUUGUGGUGUUUUAUUGCAGCUGUAAGAGCAUACAGAUGAGCUGGUUAAUGAACAUUCUUAUUUGAUCCUCUAA